GUGCGGUUGCAGUGUGGCUUCGUUGUGCACGUAGCAGUUGCUCUCGUCCCCUUCCCCCGAACGCAACGCCGCCGUCGUCUCGUCUCGUCUCGUCGGAGAAGGCGAUGGCGUUCGGAGUAAGCCCAGAGGAAGCAGCAAAGGGCAAAUGGUACAUCGCAACGGCUGCAACCAACCACAUGACCCGUGACAAGAACCUCAUCUCCGACCUCAAGCCUAUGGCCGGCCUUACCAUCGCUGAUGGAAACGGUGCAGGGCUGCAGAUGUGUGGCCUUGGAGCUGUCAGCACAGAGGCUGUGGUGAUCCCAGAUGUGUGGUAUGUGCCGGGGAUUAACGCCAACUUGGUUUCUGUUGGCCAGAUUUCUGAGCUUGGGUACAGAAUUGAGAUCGGGGGAGGUGUCUGCACGCAUGUCAGGUGGAGCCUAUGAGCUGGAAUUCCUCAAAGUUCCGCUUAAUUAGCACCUGAAAUCUCCUUGCUGGAGCCUAUCAGGUGUGAAUUGUGAUGGUUAGACUCGUAUGGUGGCUAUGUCAUCUACUCUAUGUAAUGCUUGCUGGGUUGGAACCUAAGUUAAGGAUCUGGAGGUUUUUCUGAAUGUAUUGGGAAGAAGGAUGCUAGUUGUGUCGCUGCCUGUGAGCAAAACUGAGAAAUGUUUACCACCUAGUUUACCAGUAAAGUUCAUGUAGCCUGCUGUGCUGAUUAUAUCCAUCGAAUGGAUUAUUGGUGAGUAUCAUCUUGCAAGUUUGCAGCUACCGUUCCAGUUUCAAUGCACCGAUGGAUUACUGGUGACUAUUAUCAUCCUUUGUGCUGUAACUUCACUGUGUAUGAUUAUCCUUGCAAGCUUCACUUGUCGACCAUUCUCCAUGUAUUAGA